GUGGUUUUUCAAAAAAUAAAAGCUUCAUGGUUUGCGUUUUGAACAAUAUAUCUGCUGACUUUAUGUUCAAGUAUUUAUUCUCUCGUUGCUAAAAAACUUGAAACAAAAUUAAUUCGUUUAUAAUUUUGCAUUAAUUGUUUGUUACCACACAGUUUGAAUAACUAUGGCCACAGGUGGUGAUCAAUUUGAGUGUCCUAUUUGUCUAGAAACAUUGAUGAACCCUCGCAUUUUGUCUUCGUGUGGGCACUCUUACUGCUCUUCUCCAAAAAACUGUCUCAAAGGGAUUAUACAGUCUUAUUCCAGACAAUGCCCCGAGUGCAGGACUCCCAUUGAGGAUAGAGUUCGAAAUGAGAAGCAUUGCGUGGAGAAUUUUACGCUGAAGUCUGCAAUUGCGUCAAGAGAUGUGCCUGCCCGAUCUCAAACCAGUGAAGCCGAUAAAAAGAUGUGCCGAACUCAUAAAAAAGCAAAAAAGUAUUUCUGUCAAAACAGCAGUUGUGAAAUCUCUAUUUGCAAGGAUUGCUGGAGAGCUAGUCAUGGAGCUCAUCUUGUUGUACUGCAAGAAGAUAUUGAUCUAAAGCAAGCCACUGAGAAAACUGAGAAAGCUCUGCAACUCUUUGAGGGCUGUCAAAACACUAUUAGACAGCUCACAGAUCAAAUUAUUGAUCUAAAUGCCGAAAUUUUGACAGUAACGGACAAAUCAAAUGCGCUGAUGAGCAGGAAACCUGAUAUCAAACGAGUGCAGGAUCUGCAACAAGUUACUAAACUUGAAGAGAGUAUCAAAAUUGAGCUGAUAGAUUUGAAAGCUAAAAACUCUGCGGAAAUUACAAAAAUGAACACAAUGAUUGUAUCGUGCAAAGUAAUAGAUAAAAGUAUCGAAGCUGCAAUCCAGGCCCUGAAUGCCAAAAACUCCUCAACUAUUGCGAAUAAAAACAAUACUCUGAGAUCAGCACCCGGUAAACCACAGUCGCCAGUCAAGUACAGUGUCGAAUUGGGCUGUCAGCACACAUACAACGAUGUAUUCAUCACACUGUUUGGUCAGAAUGGCAACACGGGCAGACAGAAACUUGGCAAGAUGCAUAAAAAUAUGUUUAUUGAGAAUAAGUUUGAGCUGCAGUUGAUAGACGUGGGCAGAAUGGAGAGACUGGUAGUGGAAAUCGAAUUUGGAGAGGGAGGAGAGACACAAUGGGAUCUAGAAUAUUUUGUAGUGACCAAUCUGAGCAGCGGAGAGGAAGCUGUUUUCUUUUCUGAUUAUUAUCUGCAAAAGAAUCAAGAUGGCUCACCAACCACAUUAGAACUACUGGCAAAAAUAUUUUAACACAUAAGCUAACUACUUCAAGCUGCAAAGAGGAAUUCAAACAGAAUGAACGAACCAACAUCUUUACUUAUCUCGCUUUAUGUUAAUUGUAAAUAGGAUUUGGUCUAUACUAUACUGUAUAUUUUGUCUAUGCUCACCGGCGAUCUUAACCGAGAUAGUGAUCUCAGUUAUCUCUAAUCAAUCGAAUUGAAUUAUUUAUAGAACAUAGGGUAAAUUGCCAUUGCGUAAUUUGGCAUAGAUUGGAUUGGAAUAUAGGGUAGAUUAGUAUAGGAUAGAAUGGCAUAGGGUAAAUUGGAAUUGGGUUGAUUGUCAUCGAACCAUAUUUUUAACCUAGAUCAAUUACAUGCACGUAGUACAUGUAUUUUUGAAGGAAUU